AUUGUUCCGCGUCGGCGCUUAGCGCGUUUUCAAUUUUAUAAUUUUGUGCUUUCACAAAUCUAUUGCUUGAAUUUAUGGGGACGAUUUAAGGUAGUUUUCCGGUCUGAGUGUUUGCAAUCAACGAGACUAGCAGUCAUGUCAGAUGAAGAGGUGUUGCCGGAAGGAUGGGAGGCACGCAAAAGUAGGAGUACUGGUAUGACCUACUAUUUGAAUGUACACACCAAGACAUCUCAAUGGGAGACACCAACGGAACCUGCUCCAUACGAGGACGACAACAGUGAGUCGGCAAAACUUAAUGAAGUACAAUGUAGUCACCUGUUGGUGAAACACAGCGGCAGCCGUCGUCCAUCAUCCUGGCGUGAUGAGAACAUUACACGAUCCAAGGAGGAGGCACUGGAGAUUUUAAAUGAGUAUCGUCGUCAAAUUAUGAACAAAGAGGCAACUCUGAGUGAACUCGCCAAACAAUACUCUGAUUGCUCAUCUGCAAAACGUGGAGGAGACCUUGGCAAAUUUAAAAGGGGACAGAUGCAGAAACCCUUCGAGGAAGUCGCAUUCUCUCUGAAAGUUGGCCAACUUAGUCAUGCUGUGAGCACUGACUCGGGCGUUCACAUCAUACUACGUACAGCUUAAGGAUUUUUUUUGCAUUUGUUAAAAUAACGCCAUUAUGACGAA